GGGCAAGGGAGCUGGCACCUUCAACAUCGGACCCACAAGUGGAGUGGUCAAGCUGGCUAAGGAGCUGGACUACGAGGACCUGCGACAACCCAAGUCAUACUCUCUCAUUGUCACUGCCACAGAGGACUCCGGGGGAUUCUCUACCUCUGUUGAGCUGACUAUCAAGGUCACCGAUGUGAAUGACAACGCUCCUCGAUUUGAACUGCCAGACUAUCAGGCCCACAAUGUGGAUGAAGAUAUUGCAGUUGGAACAUCUAUUUUGCAAGUGUCAGCGACCGACAUGGACACUGGUCGCAACGCGGAGCUGGUGUACUCGUUGGACAAGGAGGACUUCACAAUCGACAGCCGGGGAGUAGUGUACUCCAACAAGCGGCUGGAUGCGGACGUGAACAACACCUACGUACUGACAGUGCGGGCCACGGAUCGCGGGGAGCCCCCGCUGACUGGCACCGCCACGGUGCGCAUCUACACAGAGAACAAGAACGACGAGGCGCCCAAGUUCAGCCAGGACGUGUAUACACCCAACGUGGACGAGAAUGCGGGCCCCUCAACGCUGGUCACGACGGUGGUGGCCAGCGACAAAGAUGGUGACAACAUCCUCUUUGGCUUUGUCAACAGUGGGACUACCUCGGGCAUGUUCCAGAUCGAAGAAAGAACUGGUGUGAUCCGGCUAAUCAACGGGCCGAUCCACCUAGACAAGGAUAAGUACGAGCUGAAUGUGACCGCACGGGACGAUGGGGCAUGCUGUCGCAACGGGGCAUUGACGCCCCACACGAGUACAGCCCUUGUGGUGGUCUUCAUCACGGAUGUGAAUGACAACAAGCCGGUCUUCGACGAGUGUCACACGUACACCCCCAAGGUGGAGGAAGGGGCCCAGAGUGGCACCUCGGUCAUCAAGGUGAAGGCGAAGGAUUUGGACAAGGGCCACAACGGCCAAGUACGGUAUUCCAUCGUCCAGCAGCCGAACCAGAAGGGAACGAAGUUCAGUGUGGAUGAACUGACUGGGGAAAUCAGAACCAACAAGGUGUUUGACCGUGAGGGCGACGACGGACGCUUUGUGAGCGUCACAGUGAAGGCAACAGACAGGGGCAGUCCUCCGCUAGAGGGGGUUUGCUCAUUCAAGGUAGAAAUAACGGACAUCAACGACAACCCUCCGCUCUUCGACCGCCAGGAGUAUCGGGAAAAUGUGAAACAGGACACUCAAGUGGGCAUCCACAUCCUGCGUGUGUCUGCCUCCGACGAGGAUGCAGACAACAACGGCGCCAUCGUCUACAACCUGACUGCGCCCUACGAUCCCGGAAAUUUGGCUUACUUCUCCAUCAACCCUGACUCUGGCUGGAUCAGCUUGCAGAAGGCUCUCGACAGGGACCAGUACCAGCUGCGGGCCAUAGCACUUGACAAGGGCGUGCCCCAGCACCAGGCAACAGUGGAAGUGAUGAUUGAUGUGGUGGACCGUGCCAACAACCCCCCCAUCUGGGACCAGCCUGUGUACGGCCCCAUCUUCAUCAGGGAGAACCUGGAAGUGGGCAGCCGGGUCAUCGCUAUCAAGGCCAGGUCCGGGAUCCCCGAGAAUACGGACGUGUUCUACACCUUGAUGAAGGGUAGCACGGAGCAGACCAACAAGAAGGACACCUUCUACCUCAACCAGAAGAUGGAAGACGGCAAUACCGUGGCCGAGCUGGUGGUGAACUACCCGCUGGACUAUGAACGCAUCCAGCAGUACAACCUGACCGUCCGUGUGGAGAACAACGGAAUCCAACAGCUGGCCUCGGAGGCGACGGUGUACAUUGUCCUGGAGGACGUGAACGACGAAAUCCCGCUGUUCAUCGAGCGGGAACAGGAGACUGUUCUGGAAGGCUUGCCGCCUGGCACGAAAGUCACCCAGGUUCAGGCAGCAGACAAGGAUGGCACCUAUCCCAACAACAAGGUGUAUUAUGCCAUCGAGGCGAGGGACCACGGAGACAAGUACUUCUCCAUUGACCGGGAGACAGGGGACAUCUACACCAAGGUGGAGUUUGACCGGGAGGAGAAGAUGGCGUACGCCAUCCGGGUCCGCGCAGAGGACGGUGCCCCUUCUGCGAGACCCCACAUGACUGACAGCCGUCCCAACUCAGUGACCAAGUACAUUCGCAUUGGCAUCGGCGACAAGAACGACAAUCCGCCGUACUUCGGCCAAGCGUUGUACGAGGCGGAGGUGAACGAGGACGAGGAUGUACAGCACACCGUGAUCACCGUCACCGCUAAGGACAAAGACGAAU